AUAAAAACUUACAUUUGAUUCGUCAACCGUUUGAACAUAAAUCAGUGUGGUUAGGCAGGCAUGCAAUGACACCGAAAGGCCAUCUAUAAAGUUCUUAUUCCUUUGCAAGAACAUAUCAUGGCGUCGUCUGUGACGACAGGAGCGGUAGCCGCCGCCGAGUGCUCAGUCCCCGCUUGUAUGUUUGCCCCCGACCGGGGAUUUUGUGCCGCGGGUGCAGACGACGAUGCAUGCGGGGGAGAAAGCCUCGAGGACGGCGAGAGCACCAACGGCGAAUCCGCAGAUGUUUUGGACUUGAGCAACAAGCUGGUCCUGGUGAGUCCGACAGGUGAACAGUACGACGCGCUACAGCGACACCUAAGGCAGCGUCUAGAUGAGGGAUGCGGGGAGACCAUCUUUGUGAUCGGAAUGGGCUCAGAUGGUGGUGACUACGGCCUGAGUGACAGCGACAUGGAGGCAUCAGUGGCCACUGUGCAAUCGUUGUGCGAACAGGUGGAGGCUGACCUCAUCCCGCUGAGAGAGCGAACAGAAGUUGGUGGCAAGAUCGGCGACUACCUUAUCCGCCGCCGCGUGGGUGAACAGGACUUCCUGGAAGUAAGGGUGGCAGUAGUGGGCAAUGUUGAUGCCGGCAAGAGCACUUUGCUUGGCGUGCUAACCCACGGUGAAUUGGACAACGGUCGAGGCUUUGCGCGCCAAAAGCUCUUCAGGCACAAGCACGAGAUGGAGAGUGGCAGGACUAGCAGUGUGGGCAACGACAUUCUGGGUUUCGACCAUGAGGGCCAGGUUGUCAACAAGCCCGACAGUCAUGGCGGUAGCCUAGAUUGGACAAAGAUUUGUGAGAAGUCAUCCAAGGUGAUCACCUUUAUCGACCUGGCGGGCCACGAAAAGUAUCUGAAGACCACAGUGUUUGGCAUGACCGGACACCUGCCUGACUUCUGCAUGCUUAUGGUCGGUAGCAACGCUGGCAUCGUAGGCAUGACCAAAGAACAUCUGGGCCUGGCGCUGGCGUUAAAUGUGCCUGUCUUUGUGGUCGUCACCAAGAUAGACAUGUGUCCCGCCAACAUUCUGCAAGAAACACUGAAACUACUCCAACGGCUACUGAAGUCUCCAGGCUGCAGAAAGAUUCCCGUGUUGGUCCAGAACAAGGAUGACGUCAUCGUCACGGCCUCAAACUUCAGCUCGGAGAGGAUGUGUCCGAUAUUCCAGAUCUCUAAUGUGACAGGCGAGAACAUGGACCUCCUGAAAAUGUUCCUCAACCUGCUCUCGUCCAGGACUGCCUUCAAUGACGAUGAGCCUGCUGAGUUCCAAAUAGAUGAUACGUAUUCCGUGCCGGGUGUUGGUACCGUGGUAUCGGGCACCACAUUGCGUGGCAGAAUCCGACUCAACGACACACUCCUUCUGGGUCCUGACCCUCUGGGUACCUUCAUCCCAAUCGCUGUCAAGUCCAUCCAUCGCAAGAGGAUGCCGGUCAAAGAGGUGCGAGGUGGGCAGACGGCGUCCUUUGCACUCAAAAAGAUAAAGCGCUCGUCGAUACGGAAAGGCAUGGUGAUGGUCUCUCCCAAACUAAUGCCGCAGGCCACCUGGGAGUUUGAGGCAGAGAUCCUGGUGCUGCACCACCCCACCACGAUAUCACCACGCUACCAGGCCAUGGUCCACUGCGGCAGCAUCAGACAGACUGCCACCAUUUUAACAAUGAACAAGGACUGCCUCCGUACUGGCGACAAGGCAGCGGUCCACUUCCGCUUCAUCAAGACACCUGAGUACUUGCAUUGCGACCAUAAGCUGGUCUUUCGGGAAGGCCGCACCAAAGCCGUGGGCACCAUCACCAAGCUCCUCCAGUCGGUCAGUACGCAGGCAGCCAAGGCACAGCAGGCCAAAAUGCAGGCGGGCAAGAAAAUGUUCAAGGAUGGGGCAGAGGAAGCACGGCCACCCAGUCCCAACAACACAUCAGUUCCACUUAAAUCGGGUGGCGGAGGACGGCGGCGAGGCGGCCAGCGGCACCGAGGGAAAGGAGGUGCCAACGUUGUCACGAUGACGCCACCAGUGACGCCCGCAACCCCGACAACGGCAGCAGUGGGCAUUGUUUAGAUACAGCUGUAAAGGUCCAUCACACCAUCAGUAUGCAAUCCACACUAACAGCUUUCAUUUCUAGUAAAUGAAACGCGACGAAAGAAGUCACCAGCAAAUGUUUUUUCUUCUGUCAAAAUAUGCCAAAUGAAAAUAUGAUCAGUCAGUAUUUUUGUACAAAAGCAUUCAAAACUGCUAACAGUAUACACAUGGAGUUUUCCAUGUUGCCUCUGUGAAAUGUUUGUGACACGAGGGCUUAAUAUGUUCUAUUGUUGAUAAGCUAAAAGAUCAUUACUUUGUUUGAUCGUGUUUGUGAUCCCCUCUCGGAGAUGGCACAAUCUGUCUUGUGUUCUUCGUUUGUGUUUAAAAAGUGACAAAAAGGAAUGUUGUUGGUUUUUACAAGUUUUCUUAAAGAAAUUGUUCCAUUUAAACUAAAUGGCUGCAGUUUGUGUUGUAAAUCCUUUUAAAUGAAACUGCUGUAAUAAA